AUGGCGGCUCUCCUUCGCUCGCUUUGCACCAAAAGGGCUCCUGUUCACAUUGGUCGCAUGUGUUACUCUUCUUCAGCGCCCACCACAAAGCUGUUUAUCGAUGGCAAGUUUGUCGAGUCUAACACAUCAGAAUGGAUUGAUAUUCAUAAUCCGGCCACAAAUGAAGUGGUCUCUCGUGUUCCCAAAGCCACCCAGGAGGAGAUGAACGCUGCAGCCGAGUCCUGCUCCAGAGCCUUCACCUCCUGGUCCGAAACGUCCGUCCUCAGCAGGCAGCAGGUCUUCCUCCGCUACCAGCAGAUCAUCAAGGACAACAUCAAAGAGCUGGCUAAGAGCAUCACACUGGAGCAGGGGAAAACUCUGGCCGACGCGGAGGGAGACGUGUUCAGAGGACUCCAGGUGGUCGAGCACGCCUGCAGCAUCACGUCGCUGAUGCUGGGCGAGACCUUACCGUCCAUCACCAAAGACAUGGACACGUACACCUACCGGCUGCCUCUGGGCGUGUGUGCCGGGAUCGCCCCCUUCAACUUCCCCGCCAUGAUCCCACUGUGGAUGUUCCCGCUCGGAAUGGUCUGUGGAAACACGUACCUGAUGAAGCCCUCGGAGCGCGUCCCCGGCUGCACUAUGCUCCUGGCCAAGAUGCUGCAGGACUCUGGGGCUCCAGACGGGACCCUGAACAUCAUCCACGGGCAGCACGCAGCUGUGAAUUUCGUCUGUGAUCACCCUUCCAUUAAAGCCAUCAGCUUUGUGGGAUCAAACCAGGCUGGAGAAUACAUCUACGAACGCGGCUCCAAGAACGGAAAGAGAGUACAGUCCAACAUGGGAGCCAAGAACCACGGCGUGGUGCUUCCCGACGCCAACAAGGAGAACACGCUGAACCAGCUGGUGGGCGCUGCCUUCGGGGCGGCUGGACAGCGCUGCAUGGCCCUGUCCACUGCCAUCUUUGUGGGGGAGUCUCGGGAGUGGCUGCCGGAGCUGGUGGAGCGCUCAAAGACACUGCGGGUGAAUGCAGGAGACCAGCCGGGAGCAGACGUAGGGCCGCUGAUCUCCCCUGAGGCCAAGAAACGUGUGGAGUCCCUGAUCCAAGCUGGAGUGGAUGAGGGGGCCCAGGUGCUGCUUGACGGCAGGAAUGUUCACGUCAAAGGAUAUGAAAACGGAAACUUUGUGGGACCCACCAUUCUCAACAAGGUCAAGCCGGACAUGACCUGCUACAAAGAGGAGAUCUUCGGCCCAGUCCUGGUUGUGCUGGAGGCAGACAGUCUGGACGACGCCAUUUCUUUGAUCAACAACAAUCCCUACGGAAACGGAACGGCCAUCUUUACCAACAACGGAGCCGCAGCGCGAAAGUUCACACAUGGAGUGGACGUGGGCCAGAUCGGAGUGAACGUCCCCAUCCCAGUGCCUCUGCCCAUGUUCUCCUUCACCGGCUCCAGAGGCUCCUUCAGGGGAGAUACCAACUUCUACGGCAAACAGGGCAUCCAGUUCUACACUCAGAUCAAAACUGUGACAUCGCAGUGGAAAGCAGAGGACGCCACUGUGACCAGCCCUGCCGUCACCAUGCCAACCAUGGGCCGCUAA